CUAAAUCAUGACACCCUAACGGUCCUAACACAUCCAAAUAAAACCCAAUAAAAUUAGGAGUCAUGCUCCCUUAUGUUCUCUCACACAAAAUCCACCGAGCUUGAAUCUUCCCAGCCUAAAGAAACGCGGGUCACUAAAGGGAUCAUUGCUUUUGCACAGGCUUGAAAUUCCCAGUUAGAAAUUAGCUUUCUCUGUGUUGUGGUGGUUCAAAUAAGGAACAAUGGGUAUCAUAGAGAGGAUUAAAGAAAUUGAAGCUGAGAUGGCACGGACCCAAAAGAAUAAAGCCACAGAAUAUCAUUUGGGUCAGCUGAAAGCCAAGAUAGCAAAGCUAAGAACACAGUUGUUAGAGCCUCCAAAAGGUUCUAGUGGAGCUGGAGAGGGUUUUGAAGUCACAAAAUUUGGCCAUGGACGUGUUGCACUAAUAGGAUUUCCAAGUGUGGGAAAGUCAACCCUGUUGACAAUGCUGACAGGAACACAUUCUGAGGCUGCGUCGUAUGAGUUCACUACUCUUACUUGCAUCCCAGGUAUUAUACACUACAAUGAUACUAAAAUCCAAUUGCUCGAUCUUCCUGGGAUCAUCGAAGGCGCAUCUGAAGGGAAGGGACGUGGUAGACAGGUCAUUGCUGUAUCAAAAUCAUCUGAUCUAGUGUUGAUGGUUCUGGAUGCAUCAAAAAGUGAAGGGCAUCGACAAAUCUUAACAAAGGAGUUGGAAGCUGUGGGUCUGCGUUUAAAUAAGAGACCACCUCAGAUAUACUUCAAAAAGAAAAAAACAGGCGGGAUCUCAUUCAACAGCACACUAACUUUAACUCAUGUGGAUGAGAAGCUCUGCUAUCAAAUUCUACAUGAAUACAAGAUUCACAAUGCUGAGCUCUUAUUUCGUGAAGAUGCCACAGUGGAUGACCUUAUUGAUGUUAUUGAGGGGAACCGUAAAUACAUGAAGUGUGUUUACGUCUACAAUAAGAUUGAUGUUGUCGGUAUUGAUGACGUGGACAGAUUGUCCCGCCAGCCGAAUUCUAUCGUCAUUAGCUGCAACUUGAAGCUAAACUUGGACAGACUACUUGCAAGAAUGUGGGAAGAGAUGGGUCUUGUCAGAGUUUACACUAAACCUCAAGGCCAGCAACCCGAUUUCACCGAUCCUGUAGUUCUUUCAAGUGACAGAGGUGGCUGCACGGUUGAAGACUUUUGUAACCAUAUACAUCGGAGUCUUGUGAAGGAUGUGAAGUAUGUGUUAGUAUGGGGAAUCAGCGCAAGACACUACCCUCAGCAUUGUGGCCUAAGUCAUGUUCUUCAGGAUGAGGAUGUCGUACAGAUCGUUAAGAAGAAGGAGAGAGAAGGAGAAGGUAGAGGCCGUUUCAAAUCUCAUUCAACUGCUCCUGCCCGUAUAUCUGACCGAGAAAAGAAGGCACCAUUAAAGACAUAAUAAGUUAAUAACCCUUAUAAAGUAGAAAAAUGUCUCCUUCACAACAUUAUUUUGUGUCGUUUAUCUUCAUAAAUCUGGCUGGUGAAGACUAACAAUUACUUGAAGUUUGCAAAAGUCAUUGCGUAUUUGGUUUUGGCCCAAAAAAUUGGCGUUCGUGGUUUGGAACUGACAGUGUUCACACCUGUUUCACACUUUCACCCUUACCUGAUUGGGUAAGGCUUUGGAAGAACCGGGUUUGAUGCUAACAGUUUGAUACCAUUUGAAUUAACUAAUUAAGGUUGGAAGGGAGAUUAUCACAAGUUGCCCACAGGGUUGGUUGGUGCUGAAGUGUUGAAGUUGAUAAAAGUGCACAAAACAAAUCAUACUAAAUACGGAGUAGAUUAUUGUGGACAAUUAUGUUUGGAUUUUGUUGCAAUUACGAGUGAACCCUGUUUCAGAACCUCUGUAUUUUUUUUGUUUUGUUUUGGACUCUAACCAGUUCAGUUUGGAAAUAAAACAUAAGACUAGUCAUUUUAGGUCCUAAUCUAAUUACAUACGGGUAGAAGUGAACAUGGUUCUGGUUUUGGAACUGGAAAUGAGCAACUGGAAUCAGGAACUGAACUAGAUCAGAACCAAGCCCGGGUACCUAUAUAUUAUCCCGAUAUAUAUUGGAUCGGAUUCGGAACUGGCCAUUCAGGUCUGUUUCUGAUUCAUUUUUAAAUAAAUAUACUUCCAUAUAUCAGUUUAAUGUUCCCUCUAUCCUCAUCUUUGUCAUUUUCCUGUUUUUGAUUGUCUAAAAAUUUGAAUAAUUUUUAUUUUAAUCAGUUAACUUGUGGUUCAUAUUAUUUC